AUGGCUUUUGAUUUCAGAACUUAUACUACAGAUUCAUAUACCACCACAUUGAACCAAUGUUUCAAUGAGGCUGCUGCUGCUGACUUUCCUGUUUGGGAAAGAAUUGGGGCUGUUGUGAGACUCUGCUAUGGCAUCAGGAUUUAUGGUGCCAUGGCUGUUGCGGGGAGUUUUAUAUGUUCGAUUACCGGAAUUGAAUAUCUUGGAGGGUUUAUACUUGAUGAGAUAACAAUUACGGUGAUGACAGGAUCUGUACGCUCAUGGUCAGCUUUGGCUGCAAAGAAAGUUGAAAACUAUGAAGAGAAGUUGAAGAACUUCUAUACUGAGCACAUUCAUGAGGAUGAAGAGAUUCGUUAUUGUAUGGAGGGGAGUGGUUACUUUGAUAUUCGAGACAAAGGCGAUCGCUGGAUUCAUAUUUCAAUCAAGGUUGGUGAUCUUAUCAUCUUACCAGCCGGAAUCUACCACCGGUUUACGCUUGACACACCUAACUAUGUGAAGUUGAUGAGGUUGUUUAGGGGGGAGUCAGUGUGGACAGCUUAUAAUGGACCACAGGAAGAUAACCCUGCUAGAAAGGAAUACAUUAAGGGCAUCUUCAUCUUCACUGAGAAAACCGGCUCUAUAAAAAACUGCCUGGUCCAAGAGACAAUACAAUUCAGUGUUUUAUUAAAAGAGAAUGGCUUAAAUUGACUUAUCAAAGAGAAAUUUUUUGAUAUGGUAUAUCAAAGUAGUGAUAAAGCAUGUAUAUAUGGUCUCUCGCAACCAAAGAAUGAGCCAAACUGUUUAUAUUUAGCUGAAGGUUCGGGAGGUAUGAUUGUUUGGGAUAGCGGGAUGGGAAAAUGUUCCUUUUCGUCCCGCUUAGCUUUGCAUCGGUUGAGGAUUAAUACAAUCGAUUUCAUCUUAAAUUUCUCAAGCGAGGAACCUAUUGAAGUGCUGCCAGAACCUUGCGCCAUCAACAGCUUUGAUAUUGAUUGAAAUAAUCCAUUGCAGGUCCUUUGGGACUGGUGUGAAGAGCUUCGGAUACGGCAGGUUAUGUUAUUUAGACACCGGCUAGCUUGAUGUAUAUGGUUGCUGAGAUAAUGUGACGGUCAUUGAAUCCGAAUGGAAUCGUCCCUGUUUCAAAUAAUGUCUGAACUGAGUUGCAGAGCGGUUCAGCUGGGUCUGGAAAUGUUUCCGCAGGAUUCUCGGUUUGAUUUUUGCGCUGCAGCUUGACUUCUCGGUUCAGCUGGGUCCGGCAUUUUGGCUGUGAUAUGCAGAUAUUGAAAGUUUUAACAAUAGAUCAAAUGAAAAUGUUAUCAUCAAUGAAUAUCCAAAAUGGCAAUGGCCUGCAAAUUUUCCAGAGAAUAGUGGGAAUUAAUUAUUCAAUAUUACUAACUCAUCAAUAAAGUUUCUUCUCUAGCCAAAGCUAAUGUCUUGGUAACUAAAAAACCCUAU